AUGCCUUUGGCUUCCAAUACCACACUUAGUAGUAUAUAUCUUAAUGAAGUAGUAUGUUCACCGCAAUUUAUGCCCUGGACAUCUUCCAUUGCGAAUGUCCACACAAUUGGUCUAUUUAAAGAUUAUGUCGAGGGUAUUUCUGAAUGUGAUAAUGGCCCAUAUCCGCAAGAUGAUGACCUGGACGACCUGGAUGAUCUGGAAGACCCCGACCUGGAUGACGCUGGCUGGGAUGAUUUCCAAUUCGACAUUAGCGAUUUGGAAUGCUUAAGUGACUUGAUUUGUAGGUGGUACCCUACAGAGUCCUUAAUUAGUUUGAAGGCACCAAAACAAAUAAAGACAUUACAUAUGGAAUCUAAUCUUUUGAUAUCGUUAGAGUGCAUUGAGCAAUAUGAUCAGCUCACAAAUCUUUGCAUAAGUAUUGAAUUUGCCGAAGCUCAGCCAAUAUUUGCUGACGUCGAUUUACCUGACUCGUUAGAAACAAUCAACUUUGAUUUGUCUCGCCGUGGAUUUGAGAAAGUGAACUUAAAAACACUCGAAAUAGACCCCGGCCUUUUGGAGAUGAUGCGGUUCGGCAUUCGUCAAUUUCCACCAAAUCUCAAGCUGUUCAGAGUUGAUGCCAAGUCCAUACGCUGUUCUCCAGCAGAAUGGGAGUUUCCUCAAUCAUUGAGAAAGUUGGAACUUGAAGUUGGUUUGAUACUUUCUCCUAUUGACAUUCCACCCAAUUUGAUCGACCUUUAUGUUGUAGGAGAGCUGGUAAGUAAUCUUCUUCCUCAUAAUUUACCGAAAUCAUUAACACGUCUAAAAACUUCACUUUUGCCGUCUGGACCAAGAGAAAAAGUAGUUGAUUUGCCCAACUUGUACUCCUUAGAGUUUAAUUUGAAUACCCAAGAGUUAUUUAACUGGCAAUUACAUCCCAACAUCAAGAUGUUGGAUUUGAGUUCUAACAGGUUAGGCUCGGUUAACCUUAAAUCAUCCGACGUUCGAAACAUUGAUUUAUCUUACAACAAUGUUAGUUCAUUUGAUAGCCUUGUCUUACCCGAGAACCUUGAGUACUGCUAUACCAACAGAAUCGUUCCCGGAGGAAUAAAAUUCUAA